UUUCGAUGUAAAAAGACUAAAACGAGUGUGUUUUGUUUGUUUAGCAGUGACAAAAUAAAGAGAGAAACUAUCAAGUUGCCCUGACUGACACCCCCUAGGAAGAGAAGUCUUCUCUCUUCCAGUCCCCCUCUCAUUGUAAUUUUCUCACAAUUUUUUUUAAAGACUUUUUUUUUUCUCUUGUUUUUGCUAUUGUUACUGAUCUAUUCUUCUUAACAUCACCAUCAUUUAAAGAAAUUUCUUUUCUUUUCUUUCUAUUCUCUUUGUAAAGUUUGUAUCUUUGUUAGUAAACAACAGAACCCAGCAUCUCUUAUAAUCUUUCUCUCUUCUUAGAUCCAACCCUUUUCUCUAUCUCCCCACCUGUAUGGUGAGACUUGGUGUUAAUGGACUGGAGCUUCAUUAUGAAUCAAAAUUGGUACUGUGAAUGCUUUGCUGGGGCUUGGUUUUAUAUCUCUAGGUUUAGACUGGUAUGAUACAAUAAGUAGCUAAGGGCCCUAUCAGUUUGUGAAAAGUUGGGGGGCUUUUGAUUAGAUUUUUAGAUUGUUUUGAUAAAAGAAGGAAACUGUCUUUGUUCUUGUACAUACUUGAGAGCUUGUUGGCUUUUAUAUGGCAAAUUUCAAUCAAUACUGAAGUAUAAAAUUCACGGUUAUCGACACAAAUGGGUGGGCUUUGCUCGAGGAGAUCCACUUUAGAUAAUGCUCCCAGUGGAGGCUUUCCACAUGUUAAUGGCCAUAUUGGUCGAGUGCCUGGAUUCGUUUUUCAGACCCGUGAACUGCCCACGCGGAUAAACACCAAUUCAAAUCCUCUCCCUGAGGAUAAUUCAGAUAAUGCAGACAAGGAGUUACGAGAACCCUUUUCGUUUCCAGAGAUCAGUACAGUUCCAUAUGGUAUGAGUCCAGAUGAUAUUGAUGAUAGAAUUCCUCAUUUGUCAAGGGCACUAUCAAAUAAAUCUAGAUCAACCAAAUCUAAGCAGGCUGCUGUUGCAAAGGUUUCUGAGGUCAGCUCACUUUUAGGUAGAGCUGGUACUGCUGGGCUUGGAAAGGCAGUGGAGGUUUUGGACACCCUUGGUAGUAGCAUGACGAAUUUGAAUCUCAGCAGUGGCUUUACCUCAGGGGUAACGACAAAAGGGAAUAAAAUAUCAAUUCUAGCUUUUGAAGUUGCAAAUACAAUUGUUAAAGGUGCCAAUCUGAUGCAAUCGCUUUCUAAGGAGAAUAUUAGAAAUUUAAAAGAAGUGGUCCUUUUGUCAUCAGGAGUGCAAAAUUUAAUAUCAAGAGACAUGGAUGAACUCCUGAGGAUUGCAGCUGCUGAUAAGAGGGAAGAGUUAAAAGUUUUUUCUGGGGAGGUGGUACGUUUUGGCAAUCGUUGUAAAGAUCCUCAGUGGCACAAUUUGGAUCGUUAUUUUGAAAAGUUGGGUUCAGAACAUACACUUGAAAAGCAAUUGAAGGAAGAAGCAGAGACAAUAAUGCAACAGUUGCUGGCUUUGGUUCAUUAUACUGCUGAAUUAUAUCAUGAGCUGCAUGCCUUGGACAGAUUUGAACAAGAUUAUCGACGUAAGCUUCAGGAAGAGGAUAAUUCAAAUGCUGCUCAAAGGGGAGACAGCCUUGCGAUAUUGAGAGCAGAGUUAAAGAGUCAAAAGAAACAUGUGAAAAGUUUGAAGAAAAAAUCUCUUUGGUCUAAGAUUUUGGAAGAGGUCAUGGAAAAGCUCGUAGAUAUUGUUCAUUUCUUGCACUUGGAGAUUCAUGAGGCAUUUGGCAGUGCUGAUGGUGAUAAACCUGUUAAAGGUUCAGUCAGCAGUCACAAAAUGUUGGGGUCAGCUGGUCUUGCGUUGCAUUAUGCAAAUAUUAUUACUCAAAUUGAUACUCUUGUGUCUCGAUCAAGUUCUGUUCCCCGUAAUACAAGGGAUUCAUUAUACCAAGGACUGCCACCUACUAUAAAGUCUGCUCUACGUCCCAGACUGCAGUCAUUUCAGAUAAAGGAAGAGCUAACUGUCCCACAGAUUAAAGCUGAAAUGGAGAAAACAUUGCAGUGGCUUGUUCCCAUUGCCACUAAUACAACCAAGGCUCAUCAUGGGUUUGGCUGGGUUGGAGAAUGGGCAAACACCGGGUCUGAAGUGAACCGUAAACCUGCUGGCCAGACUGACUUGCUCAGGAUUGAAACGCUACACCAUGCGGAUAAGGAGAAAACUGAAGUUUAUAUUCUUGAUCUGGUAGUGUGGCUUCACCAUCUUGUUACCCAAGCAAGGUCUUGCAAUGGUGGAACCAGAUCUCCUGUGAAGUCCCCAAUCAGGUCCCCUAACCAGAAGACAAUUCAACUAUCAACACAGAAGUCCCCAUCACCAAUUUUGACAGUGGAAGACCAAGAGAUGCUCCGGGAUGUGAGUAAGAGGAGAAAAACACCUGGAAUAAGUAAGAGCCAGGAAUUUGACACUGCAAGAACUAGGUUAAGCAAGCACCAUAGGUUGAGUAAAAGCAGUAGCCACUCCCCGACAAGUGAAACUAAGAAAGAUCCCUUCCCUAUUCGGAGGCUAUCUUCAGUUCCUUUCAUCGACUUUGAUAUUGAUCGGAUCAAGGCAUUGGAUGUCAUUGAUCGGGUGGACACACUUCGAAGUUUGUAAUUAUAUGUUGAAUUGAGAUUCCUAGGCAAAGAGGCCCUUUUGCUUGUGUAAAGGGACCAUCUGCUGAAUUUUUCUGUGUAGGGUGCUAAAUUUGUUUGCGAUUGGCGAUAUUUUUGGUGAGUUGCUAAGCAGAUGUGAGCGAUACAAGCUGUUAUUUUUCUGUCUGUGAAAAGUCCUGUCCAGGGAUGAUAAAUGUAUUGUUCAAGGGGAAUUUCACUGUUCUAGGAUUAAACUGAUUUCAAGGAAAUAUUUUUCUCUUUAGUUCUAUAUGUACAGAAUGUUUUACCAUCAUUUCAUAAUAAUUAUAAAUCUCUCGUCUACCUGUUGAAAAACAAUUCUGCCCUUUUUAACUCGUUAUAUUUGAAUUUGGCACUCAUUAUCAAACCGAAUUUGAGCACAAGUAGCUUCGGUAAUAAUAAUAGAGGGAGUGAGCUCGAAUUUUUAGUUUGAUUCCGAAGUAAUGAUAAUCCUUUUUUCCAUGUGACUCAGACUCCACUUGAUUACGUUCUAGGUCACAAAGAACUUACAAUGGCAGAAAAACAAUCUGGCUAAACCAACUGUAA